UCACUCUCCACAUUUCGCGACAACCAUCUCUGCGCCCUACGCAUACGCCCCACAGCUGCGCCGCCAUGUCGAACCCCGAACAAGCCGCUGACGGCGCCCAUCCCGCUGCCAUUGCGCAACCUGCCCCAACACCCCCAAAGCUUGACCCGGUAUACUACAAUUGGAGCAACACCUUCUCUAUCAUGAUGGGUCGCAUGACCGGCAACCGGGACGUGGAGUUGGAAAAGAAUUACUUCACCGAACUCGACGCAACGAAAGCCGAAUCGAUAUGCAAGCGCUGCGAAUCGAACAAGGACUACCUGCUGCAAUACAGCCCCAUAAUCCGGUUCCUGUCAGAUGAGGUAUACAAGUUGGGCGGCGAUCUGAGCAAAGACAACAUCCUGUGUAGGAUGUGCACGAAUGAGCAGUCCGGGGGUUUCAGUCUGGAUUACGGAAUCUUGCUGUGCGCGAACAAGUUCAGGAACAGAGGGCAUCAGGAGGAUACUAUGGCGCAUGAGAUGGUGCAUGCGUGGGAUCAUCUAAAGUGGAAGGUGGAUGCUAGCAACUUGAGGCAUCAAGCGUGCUUAGAGAUUCGUGCCUCUACACUAUCGGGCGAAUGUCGAUUCGCACGCGAGUUCUUCACGCGGAACCAGUGGAGUAUCACCGAACAGCUACAAGCCUGUGUGCGCCGACGCGCCGAACUAUCGAUGAUGCAGAGGCCUCAGAUCAAGGACGAGGCGCAUGCGAAGAAGGUCGUGAACGAAGUGUGGGAGAGCUGUUUCAACGACACGAGACCAUUUGACGAAAUCUACCGGUAACAAAUGAUCUAGACCUUGGUCAGAAAGAUCAGCUGGGCAUACAAGAAGAUGGGUAUAAAGUGUAUGAUAUUGUACAGAAAGUGGCAUUUGCAUAGCGACGGCGUAACUUGGAAUUGGAC